AUGAGUUGCUGGUCGAAUGAGGAGAGUCUUUCGUUUCUGGAACAUUACCAAAUGGAACCAUGCAUCUGGAAACCGAAAGAUGCAAAUCAUAAAGAUAAGAAGAAACAAGCAGAUGCAUGGAUUCGUCUUGCUGAACUUACUGGAAGGCCAGUAAAGGAAAUAAAAAAUAAAAAGGAGAUAUUGAUGACUACUUUUCGCAAGCACUUGAAAAAAAACGUGAAUCUAUGCGUUCUGGCGCAGGUAUGUUCCUACAAUACACUUAUAAUUAUUUUGAUAGUCUGCUUAGCAAGUGAAGGGAUAAACACCGAAACACAAUCACAACAAAUAGAAGAAGAUACAGAUCAGACAGAGUAUGACCCUCUGAUAAGAGACCGUACAAGUACGGUUACCACACCAUCCACACCAUCAUCUAGAUCACCAUCCAUACAAGCUGUUACUAAUAAACGUCGUCGCUCUGCUUCUGAAGCGGCUGAAAAGCAAAUGGCCGUGGCUUUUGGACAAUUAAAAAAUGUUUUGGGUCAAAGGCAGAAUGAAAAUAUACCUGCUCACAAAGACGAUGAUUGCGAUCUAUACGCAAAAUUAUUGGCUAUAAAGCUACGUGAACUGUCAACUGAUGAACGAAAAAUUAUGAUGUACCAAAUAGAUGAGUUGUUUAUAAACAGAAUCAGUCAAAAAUAA